UCGAUCCCCGAUUAGUCACCGGAGGGAUCGAGCCGUAGAGAGACCGCCGGGGCGACCGAUCACUCACGCAAACAACCUCACGCCGUCCGCCUCCGCAGGCCCCCGCAGACGGGCUCACGAGUAGCGAACCGGUCAGACGGCUCUUUCACCUUUGGAUGUCAUGGCUAAGAGCGAGGACCUCUUUCUCAGAGCCAAACAUCGGACCUUCAGCGGACUGACCGAAGAUGCGGAGCGGGAGUGGAAGGGGCCGUUUUUCUUCAUCCAGGCCGCCGACCCCCAGCUGGGGCUGAUGAAGGCCUGGAGGGACGGCGACUGCGACGGCGGAGGGGACGAGUGGGGCGAGGAGGUGGAGCUCACCCAGCGGGCCGUGGAGGCCUGCAACCAGAUGAGGCCCAGGCCCAGGUUCCUAGUGCUUUGUGGCGACCUGGUCCACGCCAUGCCAGACACUCCGUUCAGAGAAGGUCAGGAGCGAGACCUGAAGGAGGCCUUGAAGAGGACGGAUCCCUCCAUCCCGCUGGUGUUUGUCAGCGGGAACCACGACCUGGGCAACACCCCCACCCCCAGGACAGUGGAGCAGUACUGUAGCGCGUGGGGCAACGACUACUUCAGCUUCUGGGUGGGUGGAGUCCUCUGCCUGGUGCUGAACUCCCAGUUGUUCUACGACGCCUCGGCCUGCCCUCAGCUGAAGGACGCCCAGGAGACGUGGCUGGAGGAGCAGCUGAGCAGAGCCGCCUCCUCAACGGAGCCCAGACCCAAACACGUCCUGGUGUUCCAGCACAUCCCUCUGUACCUGAAGAGCCCCGAUGAGGAGGACGACUACUUCAACCUGCGCAAGGCCGCCCGUCAAAACCUGCUGGCUCGGUUCAAGAAGGCCGGGGUGAAAGCCGUGUUCUCCGGCCACUAUCACCGAAACGCCGGCGGCUGCCACGACGGCCUGGACAUGGUCGUGAGCUCGGCCAUCGGGUGCCAGCUGGGCGAGGACACCCACGGCCUCAGGGUGGUGGUGGUGACCGCCGACGCCGUCGUCCACCGCUACCACAGCCUGGAGCAGCUGAGGGACGAGGGCGUGGCCGACGACCUGCGGAAGCUGCUGCAGGGAUGAAGGCGGGAAAAGAGGGGGGCAGUUUGUAAAUUGUUUGUUUUUUGUUUGUUUCAUUCCUCGUAGUCAAGGUUUUUUGGAGAGUGGCGCGUUCGUGUCGGCAGAUCUGAUUGAGAUAUUACAAGUACUCCUUCAUUCCUAGUAGAUGUAUGAUUAGCUCUAAUGUAAUCCUUACGCCUCUGAUCUCACCAGUGUUAUUGAAGUGGUCCAAUGGGAAGUGAAGGAAAUGACUAAGAUGCAUCAGUGUAGAGAAGGAACAAAUCCAUCCAUCCAUCCGACUGGUGUGCACUGAGUGUUCUCCUCUUUCACGAUUCAGCCGUUUUACUGUGUUCCUUGUCGUCUCUUGUCUGAUGCCUCGUAUCCUAUGCAAUAUGUGUGUGUUGACGUCUUCAUGUGGUGCGUCGUUGAGCUGACCUCUGAUCAGCCUGAUCUGUCUGUUUAAAGCCUUUGCAGGAGAGAGAUGGUAACUGAGAAGACUUUUCUCACUAUUUUCUGUCAAGCCGGAAUAAAGCUAUUAUUAGUAUUUCAGUAUACGCUGGUUUGAGAGGUUGUUCUUUAUGCAUUUUAAUUCAAUUCUUUAAUUCAGACUUUUCUGCUAUUUUAAGAAUAACGUCCACCCCGUCUUUUGCCACGUCACUAAUACGUGAGUGAGGACACUCACGGGGGGCUGGUAUCCGAGGAAGCGCUACUAAAUACCCUGAUUUCAUGUGUGGGAGUCAAAGCCAGCGCUUGUAAAACAUUAAGUUUAACAUUAAGUAAACCUUUAUAGAUUUCAUGUACGGAAAAUCUCUUACUUGAUCCUUUGUUGGACAGCAGACUUUAUUCUUACCCAUAUCCAUGAUGGCGGACUAAACCCAUCUAAUGUGUUCAGAAUGGCUGCUGUGAACUGGGUAAAUACCAUGAAGGAGGCCGGGCUCGUGUUGUUGUAGGACCUGGUGUCAGCCUGCUAAUACCCAGUGAUACUGACGUGAUUAAUGGGAGGAGGAGCGCGGCGCUUCCGGCCCGUUUAGUCAUGGCUGAAACGACCUCUCAGCGUGUGCGGCCCACCAGCCGCGGGCUUACUUAGUAGCUCGCCGCUUUGAAAUGGUCUUUUAAAAUGGACAUUUGUGUAACAAAACGACUUUGUCUGUGAGCCCUAAAUGACUCUAUUCAAUUACGCUUCGUCUACACACACACACACACACACACACACACACACACACACACACACACACACACACACACACACCGACUCAGACCGUAAGAGUGCCGUCAUGGCAACACAUCUGUGUGUGUGAGCGCAUGAGAGAAAGGGUACUUAUAACCCAGCUGCGUGUGCGUCCGUGCUGGGCAGGUUACUGCGGGUGAUUUACCAUCAGCAACGCCAUCGAUGACCUCAUCGCACACUGACGGAUCCCGUCUCUCCUCCAAAGAGUCAGCGUGCGCUGGAGGGCGUCUGAGAGGGAUGGAUAAUGAGCAUGAUGUGUGAAAGACGACUCAGUCCAUCUCCUUCAUUUCCUGUCUGAGAAGGAGCCUUAUGUCCUUAUCUAUUUUUAUAUCCGCAAGGAGCUCAAGCACGCUGCUCUCCAUCUCUUCUCCCGAGCUGAGUUUGUUUUGAGCACGGACGGGGAAUCGGGGAACAUCACACACUUUGGCUCGUUCCCUCGUCCAAUUGUAAUGAAUCACCAUGGUGGACAACUUGAUUGUGACCUGAUUUGUUGUAUUUUUGUAUAAUAAAUAUACAUUUUAUCAAACGAU